UUAAAACAACAAAAUCUAUUGAAUCAAAUCUUAUAUAUGAAAAUCACUAUUUUGUCAAACAAUUGUAUUCGCAUUUUAGUAAAUCCAAUGUAAGCCAUGAAUGCAAACAAGUGAUGGACUAUUUGGUCAAACAUCCCGACGACAGAACAACAUUUCAAUUGAUUGAUUCAAGUGCUGUCAUCGGCACCGGUAUUAAUAAAGGAAAUUUCCAAUAUGUUGGCCAUUAUAGUGAAUGCAUUGACCAUAAAUCAGACUUAAUGAUUGACAAACAAUUACACAAAUUGAAUGCACAAUAUUGUACACUCAAUAUAGAUAAUAAUUAUUUCUUUGAAAAAUUAAUAUUAAAAAAUACGAUAUUAUAUGAAUAUAAACAUAUGAUUCCCACAACUAUUGGUAUUUGUUUUCCUCAGUCAUGCAAUGCACACGACUUGAAUACAGUUCUUCAAUCAUUUUCUAAUAAUUUUGAUAUAUCUUUAUCAAUUGCAAAUUGUAGUGUUGCUAAUAAUAACACAUUAAAAUGGCAUCACAUACUUAUUAUUUAUUGUUUUGUUUCAAUUGGUAUUUUAAUAAUGUUGGGUACAAUUAUCGAUUGGCAAUUUGGAUUUUCAUCAAACAAAUGGAUUCAAUUAUUGGUUGCAUUUUCAUUGUACACAAAUACACGACAAUUACUAACAGUAGAAAAACAGCCGUUAAAUACAAUCACUUGUUUUAAUGGUUUACGUGUUAUUAGUUUAUUAAUUAUAAUAUUAUGUCAUAUUAUUGAUACAUCGCACUCAUAUGUAAUGAAUAUAAAUGAGGUCUUUAGAUUGCAUUCGUCUUUUAUGAUGCAAUUUAUAACAAAUGUCGAGCUAUGGGUCGAUAUAUUUCUAUUGUUAUCAGGAUUUCUGUGCGCAUACAGUGUUAUCAAUGAUACAAAUCAGACAACAAUUAGUAAAUAUGUCGGAAAUAUGUUUAGAAAAAUAAUUCAUCGCUAUAUUAGACUUACGCCAUCAUUGCUGGCAAUGAUUGGAUUUUCAAAAUUAUUGGAAAUUAUGGCUUCGGGUCCGCUUUGGUUUCAAUACUUAGAUCAGUCACAAUCAACCAGUUGGUGGACUAAUUUAAUUUAUUUAAAUAAUAUUAUACAAAAUGGACAAACAGAUGUUUAUUCAUGUUUAGGUCAUACAUGGUAUUUGGCAGUAGAUAUGCAAAUGUUUAUAGUGUCAAACAUUUUCAUAAUAUUAUUGGCAUUCAAUGAUAUUAGAAAACAAUAUUUAGGUAUAGCUAUAAAUAUUGGGCUUAUUUUAGUAGCAUGGACAGCUAUUGCUAUCAAAAUUAUUUUUUAUGGAUAUCCGCCAACUGAUUUAAAAUAUAUGAACACUGCACCAAUUUUUAACGAAACAUUAUUUUCGACAUAUUGUCGUCUACCUCCAUAUUGUGUCGGCAUAUUAAUGGCUUAUAUUUAUAAUAAAUUUGGCAAAAUUAAUAUCAAAUGGCAAAUAAAUAUAUUAUUAUGGAUAUUAUGUAUUGGCAUAAAUGUUGCGAUAGUUUUCACACCUUAUUUCUGGUAUUUGGGUUACAGUUAUAAUAACUUUCUAAGUGUAUUGUUUGGUUCAACUCAUCGUACUGUUUGGUCAAUCUGUUGGUCAUAUAUGUUGUAUGCCUGUGCCACAGGACAGGGAGGUAUUGUCAAUCGAUUACUUUCAUGGCCAGCAUUGGUACCAUUGAGUCGACUAUCAUUUCAUGCCUAUUUAGUUCAUUAUCCAUUGUUAUUAUUGAUUACAUUCAGUGCACAACAGCCAACUUAUUUGGAUCCACUUAAUCUGGUAAUCACCUUUUUGGGAUUUACAAUGCUCAGUUUGUUUAUUAGCUAUUUAACAUCAAGUAAAUGUUUGCGAAUAUUACCGGAUAUGAGUUCAACAACAGUCCCGUCGACGGGAUUCCCGAACUAUACUCAGAUCAAUAUAAUACCCAAACAUGGAUUAGAGCCACAAAUCACUGAACAGUUAUGA